UAAAGGAAUUGGCUAAUGAAUGGAAGGAGUGUCAUUUGUUUGUGUGUGUGUGUGUGUGUGUGUGCGUGUGAGUGCGUGUUUAGGACGUCCCACCUUGCUCUAAGUACUCUAAGACCCGUCGAAGUGGUCUAUAAAAGUCUCUGGAUGCUCUCUGCAGUCAUUCUCCAUCUCAAACUACAACAUUUACCAUGAUGAGGAUUACUCUGUUCGUCUACUUCCUCGUGCUUCCUCUUUACAUGGCGGAAGAACACGUCGCUAACGAGUUUUAUUCUCUCAUCGAGAAGGAUCAGGGAAGUUUUGUAAAUCCACCACAGAGCAACCAAAGCAGGCUGAUGGUGAAAGAGCCCUCUCUGCCCAUCAAUGAGCUUCUAGAGAAAAGCAGCAGGACUUCAGAGUCCAAAUUCUCCCUCCAUCCUUUACCGCCUGCUGUGUGGCCAAAGCAUAGCGACCUGUCUCCCAUCAUUCGCCACCACAACAAGAGUAAAAGAGGUCCGAAGAGUGACCACAUGCUGGAGCUGAGCACAGACAAAACCAGAGGGGAAGCGGCCGGUCUGCUUCCCAAACCUUCUCAGACAGCAGCUUCAACCGCCAACCGCACGGUUCAGAUGAGCCUCAGCCUACCUCAGCCCACUGAGCCGGAGGGCCAUCUCAGCUCCAGGCCGAGGAGUGCUCCUCCUCACUCACAGCCAGCUCCGGCACCUUCUCCUCGCAGAGAAUCCCCCAGCCGACGCCUGGACCAGGAGGAGAACCGCCCAGGGAAGGCUGGUCUCUUUCAGGCAGGCAUUGGUGUGGCGGCACCCCGGAACAACAGCCGGCCACCAGUCACCUACAACCGCCGCUCCUCCAGCCUGCUGUAUCAGUUUGACAUCCUCAGACGAGAGUCUGACCUGACGCACGAUGCCUUCUGCAUGAGCGAGUGCAGGAAGGAGAAGGAUGAGAAAGAUUACUACUGUUACAGUGAGUUUGCCGUGAAUGGGAUCGUUCACGACAUCGACGUGCUGCGUAAAGGCAUACGCCUCAUUACACUCAUGGUGAGCAGUGAUGGCUUCUACAAGAUGAGUCGCCUCUAUGCCACCCCUGACAGUUUCUUCUUCAAAGUGCGUCUUCUGGUUCUGGACACCUACAAGUGCAGUAAACCCUGUCCUGAUAUCAAAUUUGGGACAAGAUACAUUGCAAUGGGCCAAAUCUACCACCGGAGGCGCCAUCUUCCCAACGAGCUCCUGAACCUACUUGGCGGUAGGCUAAAACCUGGGGACGGUAUCCUGAGAAGCAACAACUACGUGAAAAGGUUCAACAAACGCAAGCACCAGAAGGUCCUGGAGGCCACACGCUCCAAGUGUAGGUGAACUGAAAGCUAAGACUGUCGCCCCCUGCUGCGAGGAAAGAGACAUUGCAACAACGAACUGCUUCUGAAUAACCCUCUCAGUAUUAUUACACAAGGACUGGCAAGCCCAUGGAUUUACUUUCCCAUGGAUGAUGUACGAUAAAGCAGCUGUUUUCCAUUAGAUGGGGGGUUUUCAAGAUAAAUUUGUACUAUUUAGAAGAUUAAUUAAGGACACCGUCAGCCUCUAAACAUGUGCUAUUUAAAUUCCACUUCCUCAUUCGCUCAUGGCUGGUACAUGAAGUAUCUAAAUUGGCACACAACUAAAUGGGAACAAAUAAACGCAACAUGUAAUAAAAUAUGGAGCUACUGUUUAUCUAUUUAAUGCCUUUAUUUGUUAUACUGUAGAUUUAAAAUCAGUUGUCUUGUGUGGCAAAAUGUUAUGCAAAUAACAAGGAAGCAAUUUUGGGAAUUCAGUGUUCACAUUUUACGUGCUACAUUGUUGCAAAAAAAUUCAAUCCAAUUCAUCAAAUUUAAGUUAAAUGGAGCCAGACUGCCGUCGGAAUGAAAAUUCUUGGUUUAUUCUUGGAUAUUCAAAGUGCAUUCUGAUUGCAUUCUGAGUACGUGCAUUCCAAAUAUUAGGGGUAAUAUUCUUAUUCUUGUGACCGGCCACAAUGUUUUUAGCAUGCUGAUUAAAAACCAGCGCACAGGUGCCAAAAAGUGGUUGAAAGCCAACAAGCCCGCCGAAGCCUCACUCACCACUUCAACGUUGCCAAUUUACAUCAUGUCAUGCCGGUAAGAAAAAAAGGAGGCAAACUUACCAAUGGCCGCUAGCGUUUUCUAGUUCAGUUUUACUUAUUUUAAUAAGUACAGUGGAAACUCGGUUUGUUGUUCAAAACGAAAAACUGAGGCACUUUUCCCAUAGGAAAUAAUGUAAAUCCAAUUAAUCCAUUCCACACACCCAAACACAUCAACAAAAAUACAUUUUAUCGGGAAUAAUUAUAGUUUUACAUGGACUGCAAAAAUAAUUACAAAUAAUGAAUGGAUGGAACUUAUUGAUGAUGCGGACUACCCGUACAUCCAGGCGAGAUCAAAUACAACAGUGUUUCUCAUCUUCUUCAUCAAAUUGCUGGCACCCGCAACUUUCUUUGGCCCCAUGGUGGGUUAUUUAGCAGUCGCACCCAAUAAAGACGCACGGAGAGUGAGUCAGCAACACGUAGGGUCCUUUGUUUGGGCACUCCAUUUCAUAAAACGAUACAGUACAGGGCGAACGGACGAGUUUGUUAUGUGCAAUAUUGUACAGAAACCGAGGUGUGACUCGGUUCUAAAGGACGUUUGUGGCGCCCCCUAUGGAUUGUGCUCAAAAUGCUUGUAAAGACAUGUUAGUAUACAUGUAAUACAGAUAACACAGCUAUCCUCAUGGCCAAUCAUAUGCUACCGAUGACUGUUUUUCCAACCAAUCUUGCUCAAAUGUUAUAGACGUGCUUGUGAGUCCUCGAAAGAUGUGUACCAAAUUUUGUGGUGAUUUGGCUAAACACCCACUGUGACUUUCAGAAGCUGUGUGAGAAAUUUCAAGUCGAUUAUCAGGUCAAACUUGGGGGCUUAAUAACAGUGUCACCUUGCGGCGUAUUUGUCAGGAAGAUAACAGCACAGGCGACAUGGUAGGGGCGCAUGUUUUGACAAAUAUUCACCCGUCUGUGUGCAGCAGUUUAGGUGUAUAAGAAUAACACAAACAUACACUCAAGCUAAUCAGAUACUUUGAGGUCAGUUUUUCAGUUUUUGCAGUGUGGGUCUUGAGUCUAGGUUCCUAUUCUCAAAGCUUUUCACAGAAUGGAGAGGAUUUGCACUGAUUGCUUAUGUUGCUUCAUAAACA